GAGGGUCUGAUUGAAAAAGUUGUGAUACUCGCAGUCAUUAUCGUGAUUAUAGCAAUACUUUUAAUACUAUUUUAUAAAAUUCUUCGCAAAUUUCGUCAAAAAAUGUCUGAAUGCGAUGACGAAGACAUCGAUAACAAGUCGGAGGAGACUCUGGAGUAUAUGGACGAUACAAAUGAGCAGAAAAAUUACCAAAACGGACACAUUCCUCAACUCUAUCCUCAAUCUAAUUCAAUGAGGCCUUCGAUCGAUGAGAUGAAAGCGUAUACAACGGACCAAAUGAGCGGACGAAACAAUCCCGCCUUUCAUGACGAUAGUGAAGACAUUAGUGCCGCAGAUUUACCGCCGGCUUUUCCUAAAUACAAGCGGUCCAUAGUUUUGCCCUCAUUUCUCAAGGGUUUGGGUCUCAAUAAGAGUAAUGAAAUCUCACUCAUUGAGCAGUCAUCAGAGAUACCGCCCCAGAGUCCCAAAGAAGUGGCGCCCAAAAUGGACUUUUAUGUCAAUGAAAUGAUAAAAGAGAGGCGGCCAGACCUCGAGGACAUUCAUCUGCCCCGUGAACUUAGGUCUAAGUUUAAGAUUAGGACAAUGAUGAAUCUCUUCGGGGUUAUGCUAUUUCUAAGGAUGGGUUGGAUGGCCGGACAGGCGGGAGUCAUUUUGGCAUUGGUUCAGAUACUGGUGGCCACAAUCAUAACAGUGAUCACCACAACAUCAAUGAUAGCCCUUUGCACUAAUGGAGACAUCGGUGGCGGAGGAAUAUAUUCAAUGAUAUCGCGAACGGUUGGUCACGAGGCCGGAGGUGUUAUAGGCUUUCUGUUCACGUUUACAAACGCGGCAUUUGUUGGCCUCAAUGUCUUGGGAACCGCUGAAAGUAUAACAGACAUUCUCAACGUAUUUGGAAAAGGCAUUUGUGAAGUGCCUUCCGGUUUAAAUGAUAUGCGAAUUUUAGGCUUUAUAUGUUUGAUACUAACGGCGGCCAUUCCUCUCAUCAGUUUGCAGUUUGAGGCAAAGACAAUGAUGUUCUUCUUCCUGACACUCGUUAUAUCGCUCAUCGAUUACUUCGUCGGAGCACUCAUUCCUCCCACAGAGAAACAACAGGGAAUGGGAGUCGCGUAUUGGCAUAAGUAUGUCAUUGUUCCCAAUCUGUUGCCUGUGUGGGAAGGAGCCACCUUCUUCAAUGUCUUCAGCGUAUUCUUCCCGUCAGUGACGGGUAUAUUCACGGGCGCGAGUAUGUCGGCCGACCUUAAAGAUCCGGCCACUGCUAUACCGAAGGGAACAUUUCUGGCCAUUGGCACCACAUCCACGACAUACGCUCUGAUUGUCAUAUUCUUGGGCUUUACUGUUGUCCGCUAUGCGGAUGGAGAUCCGAGUCAAAUAAUCUUCAACAACCAGACCUGUACGGCGCCCAACGGAUGUGAAUUCGGCCUCAUUAACGACUACCAAACAAUGGCCAAAUCUGGGGCUUUGUAUCACACGGGUAUAGCAGUUGAUCCCCUAAUAUAUGCCGGAAUAUUUGCCGCAACCCUGUCCUCAGCGUUGGGCUGUUAUAUGGCUGCGCCCAGAAUUUUUCAGGCCUUCUGUGACGACCAUUUAGUGCCAGUAAUUGGAUGGUUCGGCAAAGGCUACGGUCCGGCCCGAGACCCCCGACACGGAUAUAUUAUCACGUUUAUAAUUGGAGGCAUUUUUGUGGCAAUUGGUAGCGUUGAUACGGCGAGCACCUGGAUCUCUAACUUUUAUUUAGGCGCCUUCUUUAUGGUCAACUUUGCUUUGUUUCACGUCGCGUUAGUCAACCCAAUCAGCUUUAGACCAAGUUUUAAGUUUUACAACAAAUGGAUUAGCCUUAUAAUUGGCCUCUUUUGCAUUUGCCUCAUGUAUUUAUUCGAUCCUAUAUCAGCCUCUGUUGUAAUAGGUCUCACCAUUAUCAUCUAUCUGCUUAUGCUAUUUGUGGAUCCAGCCAAGGCAAAUUGGGGCACAGCGAACGAAGCGUGUUGUUUUGAUUGCGCCCGUAGUAUAACAUACCGGUUAAAUGUGCAAGAGCAUCACAUCAAAAACUACAGACCUAUAAUACUGGCUCUGAGCGGGAAUCCCAAGAAUCGUCAGGUGUUGGUAGAUAUGGCCGAUAGGAUGACCAAAAAGCACGGAAUGCUAUUCCUGUCGCACAUAACUGAAGGCCCGCUAAGCUAUANGCACGGAAUGCUAUUCCUGUCGCACAUAACUGAAGGCCCGCUAAGCUAUAAGACCAGAGAGCGUGUGAUCGACGGCCAGAAAGCGUGGAUUAAGAGCGAAAAGAUUAACGCUUUCUAUAAACUCGUUGAAUCGGAUUCACUCAGCGAUGGCCUCCGAAGUCAACUCCACUCGACGGGCGUCGGAAAGUUUGCGCCAAAUAUAGUGAUGAUUGGCUAUAAAUCCGAUUGGAAAACGUGCAAAGAAAACGAUUUACGCGACUAUUAUGACACCAUUCAUAACGUAUUGGAAUCGCAUUACUCUCUCAUUAUAUUACGGGUGAAGGAAGGCAUUGAUUUUUCCGACUAUUUUGUCGCCGCCUUUAAUAACUACGUUACUGUUAACGACACCGAAAAUGUUUUGAGUGUGAGCGAUAUAUACUCGUUGUCCCGAGAUAUUGACGCCCAGGCAACUGUCAAUAUAAAUACGCGGACAAGUUUGACACACAUCGAGUGCCAACAGUUGUCCAAUCGAUUCAAAUACAAACAAAGGCCCGGAUUUGUGGACGUCUGGUGGCUGAACGAUGACGGAGGGCUCACUCUUCUCAUACCCUAUAUAUUGAAAAAUGAAAAACUUUGGCGAAAGUGUAAACUAAGAGUAUUUAGUGUCACGGAUGGCACUGAAGACACAAAUCAACUAAAAGCCGAUUUAUGUGAAUUGUUGAACAAAUUUCGUAUCCCAUUCGCUGACGUAUACGCCCUGUCCUAUGAAAACGUUGAUCCAUCCGUUGAAACUAAAGCAAAGUUUGAUUCAAUUUUGGAGAACUCCAUAACUAAUGAGUUAAUGCCUGUUAUUAAGACAUCCGCUAAAGAACUUAUCUCUUUCAAAGAGCAGGGGCAAUCACGAAUCGGUGCUCACAUUUUAUUGCUAACCCUAACCCUAAAUGUUGUAGUGAAUGCAGACGAGACGACAGAAGCGGAAUCGACAGACAUUUCCACCGAUAGUUCAUCAGAUAUUCCGACCGAAACGACGCCCAAACCAACCGCCAAAACAACGGUCAAAACGAAAGCCAAAACGACGACUAAAACGACGCCUAAAACUACUACCAAAACAACGACCAAAAAGACGGCCAAAACUACUCCCAAAACUACGCCCGAAACGCCGUCCGAUAAACCGCUCAAAUCAAGUGCCGAAGAAGGAGAAGGAGGGGAUAGUAUACUGCAAGCGUCCAUAAUUAUUACCAAAACAAUGGCCAAAACGACACCGAAAACGACAGCCAAAACGAGGCCGAAAACGACGUCCAAAAUUCCGUCCGAAACGACUUCCGAAACGCCGUCCGAUAAUACCCUCAAAUCAAGUGCCGAAGAAGCGGAAGCAGACGACGCUAUACUGCAAGCGUUCAAAGAAAUGGCCAAAACGACACCGAAAACGAGGCUCAAAACAACGCCUAAAAAGAGGCCGAAAACGACGUCCGAAACGCCGUCCGAUAAACCGCUCAAAUUAAGUGCCGAAGAAGAAGCGGAAGCAGAAGAUGCUAUACUGCAAGCGUUCAAAGAAAUGACUAAAACGACACCGAAAACGACGCUCAAAACGACGCCUAAAACGAGGCCGAAAACGACGUCCAAAAUGCCGUUCAAAACGACUUCUGAAACGCCGUCCGAAACGUCCGAAACGACGUCCGAAACGCCUUCCGAAACGACGGCUGAAACCGAUAAACCGCUCAAAUCAAGUGCCGAAGAAGUGGAAGGCGAAGAAGAGGAUGAAGACGAUAGCCUACUUCAAGCGUCGAAAGGUGGCGACGGGGAUGCGGUCAAUAUGAAGACGUGUGGCAUCACUCGCAAGAAGAGCGGCAAUAUUGUGGGCGGAGAGAAGGCGGCCGAAGCCGAGUUCCCGUGGAUUGUGUCGUUCCAGAGGCCAAAAGGCGAUGGUAUGAUCCACUUCUGCGGCGGCUCUAUCAUCAACGAGAGGUGGCUAUUGUCUGCCGCCCACUGUUUCCAAGGUGUCACCAAUUCAUUCCCAAAGAUGAAAGCAGUGGUCGGAACCAUCAAAUGGGCCGAUCCUAAGGCCCCGAAGUACACCCUCGAGAAGCUGUUCAAUCACGAGGCGUACGACGAGAACGUUUACGCCAACGAUAUCUCACUCAUCAAAGUGAAAGAGACAAUCGCUAUGACUUCGACUAAGACUCACUACACGGUGAACAGUGUAUGUGUGCCCACACCCGACGUCAAGCCCACCGAAACGGCCACAGUCUAUGGCUGGGGUUAUCUCAAGGAAGAGGGAGACCCGAGCGCUGAUCUAAUGAAAGUAACGGUUAAUAGAUCUGACACAAUAGAGUGUAAUAAGGUUUACCAAGAAUUUGUGGGUAAUUUUACACCAGAAAUGUUUUGCUUUUUGUCUCCCGGCAAAGACGCCUGUAAGGGUGACUCCGGCGGUCCACUAACGCAGACAAUUAAAAGAAAGGGAACUCAAUUAGGAGUGGUAUCUUUUGGUCACGGCUGCGCUCGACCUAAAACACCCGGUAUAUACCAAGAAGUGGCCAAAUUUUAUCCUUGGAUUGAGAAAACUAUCAAGGCCAAUCCUUAUGGUAUAUCCCCGAGGAUUGUUGGCGGCGUUAAAGUAGACAUAAAACAGUACCCAUGGAUGGUGUCAUUCCAGAAGUUAAGCCGAUCUACUUAUACCCACUUUUGCGGCGGUUCUGUCCUAAACAAUCGAUGGCUAUUGACUGCCGGCCACUGUUUUCAUGGGAAUAAGCAUUCAUUUAAUAAGAUCCGGGCGAUGGUCGGCGCAACCAAUUGGGAAAAGGGUGACGAAUAUGUGUACCAAUUGGAUAAAUUGUUCAUCCAUGAGCAGUUUAGUACGUUAACCUACGCCAAUGAUAUCGCUUUAGUUAAAGUAAAAUAUGACAUCGCGUUUAAAAGGGAAGGCAGCGAUAAUCUGGUCAAUAGUGUCUGUUUGCCAGCAGUUGACAGCCAACCGCCCGUAAAGGCCAAUGUGUACGGAUGGGGACUAUUGGGUCAGUUCGGUAAGGCUAGCUCUUCGCUCAUGAAAGUGGUUCUCGACAAAUACGAUACAAACGAAUGUAACAAAAUCUAUGACAAAUUUGUCGGCAAAUUUACUAAACAAAUGAUGUGUUACGCGACUCCCGGUAAAGACGCCUGUCAGUCCUCGCUUUCUGAUCCAUAUCAGGCAUCAUCUGAUUCUUGUCCUUCGGUCCAGAGCUCGGAUCAAAGGGUGUGCUGUCUCUCGAAUUACGAAUUCAUACUCGAAAAGUGCUGCGAUUUGGGCACAAAUCGGGCCAAACAGAUGCCGACCGGCGGUUGUGUUUUCGGUAACACAACGUUUGACCGAUUGAUCACAAACACUGAGUAUAGGAAACAAUGCGAACUCGUUGUGCAGAUCUGUUGUCUGAAAGAGCAUCGAAGCCGUAAUUGCGAAGAGGGAAAGGCCUUCGCUAAGAGACAUGAAAACUGUUCCGCAAUUAAUACAGCGAUUGUCACGAAUGCCGCCAAUGAAACCGUCAAAGACUGUUGCCUGUCAUGUCAUUUGGGUCUAAUGGCCAGUCGAGAUCACUUUCCAUGUACGUUUAACGCCCAUGGUACUUUUGGGUUAGGAUACCCGUACGAGGAUGUCUACUAUGAGUGCUGCGCUAACCCUAAACUCGAUGCCUUUAAUUCACUCAUUAGUACGCGAAGAAGUGGGGCCUCAACGAGCAUAUGUGACACAAAUCAUUCUCCCUGCGCCCAUAACUGUUACGAUCCCGGGGCCGAUGUGGGACCCGUCCGGUGCUCGUGUUUCAAAGGCUAUCAAUUGGCGACCGAUGGCAGGGAUUGUAUUGAUGUCGACGAAUGCGAUGAAAAGACCCACACAUGCGAUGUCAGGACAGAAGAGUGCGUUAAUAAUGUCGGCGGCUUUGAGUGUCGCAAGAAUGAGAGGCAUGAGUCCAGAGACACGAGCCAUCCCUGUCCUGAUGGCUAUAAGUGGAAUAAUAGGCACAAGAGAUGCAGC